GACGUCUGAUGACAUUUCUUUCAAACCAAACAUAUUCCUUUACAAAGGUGUGAAGUUUUUUUUGUUGUUAAAAUAAAUUUAAACUUGAUUUGUUUUCACUAAAAGCUAAAAGCUCCGUGUUAAUUUUGUUUACUGUGAGUUGCCGUGGUUACGGGUUGAUUCCGGAAGUUUCUUUGCACAACACAACAAUGGCUGUGCAAAGCUGGAUCGACAACUUAAAAUCGUCAAAGAAAACUGCAUUGAUUCACGAUGGGAAAAGGAAGAUCCACUACCUCUUUGGAGAUGGAAAAGAAAUGGCAGAAGAGUAUGACUUAAGAACAGAUGAACUUGUUGUGCGGAAGUGGCGUCACAAAAACUCACUUGGAGCGCAAGGUCAAUGGCAGGUCGAAGUUGGGGAGCCGCUUGUUGGUCCCGUCGUCUCUUUGGAUGCUGAGAUCCUAAAAGAGAACUGCUCCAAUCCUGUGUUUAUGCGUAAAGAUACAAAGAGCAGUUUUCAGUGGAGAAUCCGGAACCUCCCCCACCCAAAAGAUGUCUUUCAGGUUUCGGUGGAAGCACCUGAAAGAUGCAUUGUCAUCAAAACUUCCAACAAAAAGUAUUACAAGAGGUUUGAUAUUCCUGAUAUGGAUCGAAGUCAACUCCCGCUGGACAGCUCUGCCUUAAGCUUCACUCAUGCCAACAACACUUUGAUAGUCAGUUACAAGAAACCCAAAGAGAUUUUAACCCUCGAGCAGGAGCUGAUGAAGGAGCUGAAGAAGUUAAAGGCGACGAGUGAAGGUGACAUCGACUGCAAAACUCAAUGAAUUCCGAAAGACAGAGAGAAUGCCAUAUUCUGGUUAUUUUUUUUGGUUUACGUUUAAAUGUGUUGAAUUCAUGCUUGAUUAGUCUCCUGACAUGUUUUCCAUGAAUACUUCAAAUGGGAAAUACUUUCUUUCUUGUGGUUUCCGCCAAUAUUUGAAAAUUCAAACCACUGACAAGCCUUGACAAAUAACAUUUCUUUCAUCAAAACAUUAAAAUUGUGGAAAGUUUAGAACAGAACACUGUUUUAAUAUGACUUUGUUCCAUGCUUUCUGGCUCCCUCUCAAAGCCAGCGCCCCUGCGGUCUUGAUGGGAGUCACACAACCGAGACAGCCUCCUUUCAUUGAUGUGCUUGUAACACACAUUGACCUGUUCGUUACGGGGUCACUCUUACGAGCACAUCCCGUUUGUGUUAACUGAAUACCUUCAUGUUCCUUGCGUGUCACAGGCCACCCUGAAAGCCAUUAGUGGAGGUUUGGGGAUGGAGGUAGCUCGUGCAUGUGGAACUCUUUCCAUUUUACCUGAGAGGUUUCGUGAGACUUUGGGCUUGUUGUCACCAUCACUCACACAAAUUUGGGUUAAAUACAAAACAAUACACGAGACUAUGUUCCACAUUGUUAACAUGUUAGGGUCCUCCAAACAACCUUUUUGAUGUUAUUUAUCCGUCCGCCCAUGUUCUGGAAUUUGAUCAAUUUCCCCAUCCCCAUUAAUGCUUUGAAAUGAAAGCCGAAAAUCACAUUACUGUGUCAUAAUAAAGUUUUUUGCACGGCAAA